UGUAAACACGGAAAAAGUUUUCUAUUGCUUAAAUAUCAACUUUGAGCGAUGACCUGAGCUGGCAAACUGUCUGGCCAUAUUUCAUCGAUCAUUCCAAGAACUCAGUAAUAGCUCAUCGAGGAAGGUAACUAACAUUUACCUUUUAAGUUGCCAUAACAAAUCUUUUGUCAAAGUUAGCCAGCAUGUAGGCUAUGACGUCACUUGCACCCCACGAAUAGCAUUUGUGAUACGAAAGGUGAAAAAAGAAACACUUGAAACGUUAGGCAAAUUAUUGUGGACCACUGGAAACGAAAUAGGAAAACCAACUAAAACAAAGAAAACUAAAGGUCAGAAAUGCUAACGCACGUGAUCAUCACGCUGUUAUCAUUCCUUACACACGCGAUCGCCCAGUUUCAAUGUCAAGGCACCUGCUAUUCGGGGUCUUUCCCAAAGGGCAAUGACGUCAUCGCUGGACAACAUCUCAGAGGAUACUCCUAUAAGAACAUAUCUACUGAUGUUCCACGCGUUUGCUUCUCGUCCUGUUUCAAUGACUGUCGUUGCAAUGCGUUCCAGAUGAAAGAUGUCAGGUGUGAGUUGCUGGAUGAGGACAAGACUUCCAAGGCAGCAGACUUUGUAGAUGGAACCGGAUACGUGUACUAUGAUCUACAGCAGAAACUCUAUAAAGGGCAAUCCCACAUGGUCCAGCCUGCAGAUGUAUGUUAUAAUGGCUGUUGUAGAAACCAGCCUUGCCAUAACGGGGGAACCUGUGUAGAGCACUGUGUUAACUCAAAAGAAAAGUUCAGCUGCACGUGCAAUUCAUAUUACUAUGGAAAAGUGUGCGAAAAAAUGCGACCUUACAAUUCUUGUAUGGAUGUCCUUAAUGCCUACACUUCUGCAGGAAAAAUGCCUAGAAAUGGUGCAUAUCGUAUUGCCCGCAGUGACAACUUAGCUUUCCAAUCAUUCUAUUGCGCCUUCGAGGGAGCCAACAAAGCCUGGACACUGAUUGAGUCCUUCGCUCUCGCUAAUAAAGGGCUUUAUGCCAAGAAGGACUUUCUUACAAAUUUCUUCAGAAAUAACGACUUCCCACCAAAUUGGAACGAUUAUCGCUUACAGAAGAACGCAAUUCUAUAUCAUUUACGACCAAGGUCAACGAUGUUCAGAGCGACCUGUGACUUCCCAAAAAGGGAAUCUCUAACCCCUGACUUUCUUCUUGGCUAUCUGAGUGAAUGUGACUUCAUCAAUAACAACCAGAUGAAAGGGCACUGUAUCAAGUUUGCUCACAUCAACAUCCGAGGAUAUGACUUUUACAAUACCACAGCACCUGUUUGGCACCUCCAGGGUACUUGCCAUUUCGCGAUUGAUCCAACUGGGAAUCGCUGUUCUUUCAGUAUACCAGAGAGUGUUAAAAGUGAAGAUAAUUUUGGGGCUUAUUUCGUUAUAAACCCGCGUUCGACAUGUACCGCGACACAAAAUUCUACCACACAAUGGUGGCUAGGAGAAGAGAAAUAGGGAUGACAAGACAUGCAGCAAAUGAAUAUCAAUUCAGUAGGCUCUUUGCAGUUCAGUAAUCAUGAGCUGAUUAAUUCACUGACAGCAAAUGAAUAAGCAUUUCCAUUCCCACGAGAGUGGUCAGAAAGCGCAAUCAUAUGGCUUAAAGUACGAAGGCAGCACCUUCUCCUCAGUUAUUUUAAGACCCUGAGUGUUGGUCCGGCCGAGGUUUGAACCACGACCUUCCGCACAAUAGACCGACGCUCUUACCAACGAAGCUAACCGGGUGGAGGUUCACUCCCUUUUUAUGAUGCUAGGCUGUUUGGUCUUGGUUGCCCUCUGUUUCAAAAACUAAGAGAUAAGGGCAAAAGAGAUUUCUAGAACAGCAUAUCGCUUUUGUGACAAGCAAGAUAGCCCAAUGAUUGGAAUUCUAUAUAAAUGUAGACAUUAUCUCUUUCUUGAUACACUGAAAAACCUUUAUUAUAGCAUCAUAUACUCGUAUAUUUCCUAUGGUACCCUGAUGUGGGGUAGUAUAUACAAAUUGCAAGGGUCUUACCCGUUCGGGGAGACGAGCCCUCCGUGUAAUCGAGUUCUCAAGCUAUAGAACACCUAGCGGACCACUAUAUAAAAGACUCGAUAUCCUAAAUAUCUUUGAAGUAACUAAAGUCCCAGCCCUGUGACCUUGCCUACAAAUAAUCAAACUCCCACUUACCAGAUUUUUUUCACAUUUUUUAAAGAUAUGGAUUUGAUUCAUAAUUAUAGUACGCGUUCAAAAUCGAAUUCUUGGGGUGCAUGUUACGUCAUAGCCGCCAUGUUGACUAUACAAAACAUUCUUCAUUAAGCUUCUCUUGUUAGGUCAACCAACGUGGCGGCUGUUUCAUUGUUAUUCAUAUCUCAAGGGAUUUUUUGGUUACGUGGUUGCACUCCAAGAAUAAGAACCUAUACCUGCCUCGUAAAAAUCCAAAUUAUGGUAAAUUCGGAGAUAAAUAUGCAGCGGUCACCAGCUGGAUUGAUCCCAACUGAUGUUAAAACUAAUACAUAACAUUCAAUUUUCGAGAAGCAGCUAAAAAAAACACUUGUUACUCCAAUAAUUUUAUUUAAUUUUUUGAUUUUCAGCUAAUUCUUUGCCUUCUUUAAUUCAAUCAUAUAAAUACAUAUGUUUACUAUAGCUUGCUUUUUUCCCAUACAAUUUUGUAAAUGCAUUGUUUGAAGGUGCAGAAUAAUCUUCUUCUAAAAUCCAUCUUGA